AUGACCACUGAAAGCGUAGUUGUUCCAGCAUUGUCUACUCAUCAAGAUGAAUCAACUUUUGAGUUUGCAAAAGUUUGUAAUGAAGAGGUAGUUAGAACUCAUUUGGGUUUACCAAAUGAUGCAACCGAUGAUCAAGUUGUUGAAAGAAUUAGAGAGUACUAUAAUGUUAAUGAAAUUUGUGACUUUUUGAGACAAAAAGUAGAAGGAAAUGGGGUGGAAAAUGUCCCCAAAUAUAGGCAUAUCACGCUUCAAUUUCCAGAUUCUUUGAUCUGUGAUUCUGCUACUAUCGUACACGAACUACAGAGAGAAUUGGGACUUGUGCUGCUUGCCGAUGAGUCUAGCGAAUCCAAAUGCAGUUCUAAUAGCUGUUGUAAAGCAAAUGAAUUAGAUUUUUCUCCUUCUCAAAAGCUUUGGAUAUUAGCAGAUACAUCAUAUUCAGCAUGCUGUAUUGAUGAAGUUGCAGCAGGCCAUGUCAAUAGUGAUCUUGUUAUACAUUUUGGUGAUGCCUGCCUUAAUGUCGUGGAAUCAUUACCAGCAGCAUACGUAUUUGGCAAACCUAACUUGAAUCUUGAUACUGUGGUUACUCAAUUUAAGAAAACUUAUGCAAAUAAUAUAGAUCUGAAAAUAUUGCUUAUGGCAGAUGCACCACAUACACAGUAUCUAAGCCAAUUGUAUACUAUUUUAAAACCUGACUAUCCAAAUUUGGUUUAUGCAGAUUUGCACUUAGACUCAUCCUCUAAUGCUAAUAUCAUUGGUUACAAUCCAUGUCCUUCUCAAAGCGCCAGAUUGAAUGUAUUGAAUAGAACAAUCAUUGGGUUGGAACAUAAUAUUGAAGAACUUGAUAUUGAUACUAUUUUAGCAGAUCAUGAUUUAUUCCAUAUAGAAAUUCCUGCUGUUCCACGUUUAUUACAACUCACAACUACAUUUCAAUCGGUUACAACAUAUCAUCCAGAAUCUGGAUCUUCAUCACAAGGUCCUCACCCUAAGUUAAUGCGCCGUUAUAGGUAUAUGCAUAUGGCUCGCUCAGCAGGUACUGUUGGUUUAUUGGUGAACACUUUAUCUUUGGCCAAUACAAAAACUUUGAUAAAUAAAAUAGGUCAAAAAAUUAAAGAGGCUGGGAAAAAGCAUUAUCUAUUUGUGGUUGGUAAACCUAACGUGGCAAAGUUGGCUAACUUUGAGAAUAUUGAUAUAUGGUGUGUUUUAGGCUGCGAUCACCAGGGGAUUAUAAUAGAUCAGAAUAAUGAAUAUUACAAGCCCAUUGUUACUCCUUAUGAAUUAUUGUUAGCUUUGAGUAAAGAACUGAAUUGGACUGGAAAAUGGGUUACUGAUUUCAAUAAGGUAUUAGAAGAUAUGAAUUUGGAAGAAGAUAGAAACGAGCAAGAGAUCAACAAUGGAAACGAUAAUGAUGAAGACUCUGAUGAUGAAGCUCCUGAAUUUAACCCUGUUACUGGGCAGUAUGUUAGUACAUCUAAACCAUUAAGAAAAUUACAGCAUUUACAAAUCUCGUCACAAGAACAACAUCCUGAAUCAGAUAAUGAUGCAUCUCAAGAUUUAGUGAAAAAGUUUUCAACUGCAGUUGCAAUCAAAGGUACGGUAUCGACAUCUGCUAUGCAUUUACAAACAAGGCACUGGACUGGUUUGGGAAGUGAUUUUCAAAAUGAUAGUGAUGAGGAAAUAGAUAAUGAAAAUGGUGCUCUUGUUGAAGACGGUAGAGCAGGAAUCGCUCGAGGUUAUGAUUAUGAUAGAGAGACAAAAUAUCAUGGACAUUAA